AUGACGAAGUACCUUCUCCUUAUUAUCGCUGUCACAAAAGUCUACGAAGUCGCAAGUCUGCCGAAUCAUUAUCAAAAAUCUAAAGAACUACAAUCCCCACUUGUCAUACAUCACGAAUCGCAUCCUACAAAUACCAUACCCCAAUUAACGAGGAAGAAGAAGGGCCCGAACUUACCGUACCAGUUCCUCGUACCGAACCUGCACGUCAUCCCGAUAUCACAUCAAAUUCAUACCGACAACGCAGGAACCCAACGUAAUGUUACACAACAGUUAAUACCGGUUUUAAUACCGUUCCACAGUUACGUCCAUGAUUUAACCGUGAUACCUUUGCACAGGGUCAGUGAGAGGUCGGGUGGGUACAGGAUGAGUGAGGAAGUGGACAGGUUCCGCAAUCCUUUAGGUGGGUACGGAGUGGGGUGGCCCUUUGGGGGGCACGGGGCUGGCCACGGGUUCCAUUACACGUAUUAUAUUUAA